UCGUCGCUCUAGCUGGGAAUUGACUAGAGGAAGGGGAAAAUGGCGGACCUCGAAGACGUAACGCUGGACGGGAGACCGCUCCAGUCCCUUCGAGUAGCGGAUUUAAAGGCUGCUUUAGAGGAGAGAGGACUCUCUAAAAGCGGCCAGAAGAAUGCACUCGUCAAAAGACUCAAGGGGGCUCUCAUGUUGGAGAAUCUGCAAAGGACCUCCACUGCUCACAUUGGAUUGCAGCCAAACUCUCAGAUUGGUGAGGAAAUGAGCCAGAACAGCUUUAUCAAGCAGUAUCUGGCUAAACAACAGGAGCUCCUGAGGCAGCGUCUGGAGAGGGAAGCUCGCGAAGCAUUUGAAACAAAUGACCAAGAGGCCCAUGCAGAAGUUAACAAUAGCACCUCAUGUCCUCCUCCAGCACAGCAGGAUGUUACACCAGCAUCGGCUGAGCAGCAUAAGCCACCAGGCCCCUCUGGUGCAGGGAAUGAGGUAGAGGGUAAUAGGAAUGAGGAAGCUGACAUGUCUGGUCCUCCUGCAUCUGGCUCUGUGGCCAUGCGUGUGUCUGGUGGUGAACACAGGCCAGAGCGAGGUUCUACAUCCAGCGAAGUUGCAGCUGACAGUGACGACGAGGACAGUGAGGAUGGAGAGGAGGAUGCUGACGACGAUGACUGGGAUAGCAAUGCUCGAAGGAGAAGUCUCAGAGAGCCAGCCAGAGCACCCACAACCAGAGAGAGGUCUGGAGCAUCCUGUCAACCCCAGCAGCAACACAUCCCUUCCCUUUUGUCGCCUCAGCUACGCCAACCUACACCCCCCCCUUCCCCACCUCCAGAGUUGUCAUUUCCCUUGCCUGACACCCCUAAACAGAGUCCCCCUAGUCCAGAUGUAGCCCCAGGUAGACGUUCAUCCAGUACCUCCAGCUCUGGUUCAUCCAGCAGUGGCAGCCGCAGUAGUAGCCCAGAGCCACAGAGGAGUGGACCAGCUGAGCGCAAACCUGGCCCACUGACCUUACUGGCACGUAAAAUGGAAUCGGAGGGUGCUUUCUCUGGUGCGGGUUGGCAUGGCGGUGAUGGGGAAGGUGAUAGGCAGGGUAGUGGUUCACCUUCAGGUGCAUCGUUUCCUGCCAGAGGGCCUUUAGAGGGUCUAGUAUCUGCCAUCACUCACACAACCAACACUGCAGGCAAUGUGCCCAGUCCUAUGAACCCAGGCACAUACAAGACUAUCAUAGGAGGACAUCCAGCCCAUAGUCAAGUACAUGUGAGAAUACUCAAGUCCACUGUAACGGGAGAGAAGGGGUCUGAAGCAGUUAGAGAAGCAGCAUUUGAACUGGAAAGGCAAGAGAAACAGAGAAAACUUGACCAGGAACGAGCAAUAGAGUUGGAGCGGGAAAGAGCUCUUGCACUGGAACGUGAGGAAAAGCAGAGAGCUUUGGAGAAAGAGAUGCUAGAGCAUCAGCAGGCCUUAGAAAGAGAAGAACAGGAAAAAGCCUUACAGAGGGAGCGAGAAAAGCAGGAGAGGGAACUAGCUCUUGAGCAAGAGAGACAGGAGAGAGAACUAGCUCUUGAACGAGAGAGGCAGGAGAGGGAACUAGCUCUUGAACGAGAGAGGCAGGAGAGGGAAGUAGCUUUGGCAAAACAGAGGGAGGAGCAAGAGCAAGCCUUAGCACGAGAGAGGGCCCUGGAGCUGGAGAGACAGAGGGCUUUUGAGCAAGAGCGUUUGCAAAGAGAAAGCGAGGAGAGGGAGAAGCAAGAACGUUUGCAAAGAGAAAGAGAGGAGAGGGAGAAGCAAGAACGUUUGCAAAGAGAAAGAGAGGAGAGGGAGAAGCAAGAACGUUUGCAAAGAGAAAGAGAGGAGAGGGAAAGGGCAAUGGAGCUAGAACGAGCUAAGGCUUUGGAGAGAGAACGGGCUCUUGAGCAAGAGAGGUUGGACAGGGAAAGAGUUUUAGAGGCUGAGAGAAAGGAGAAGGAAAGGAAAGAAAGAGAGUUGGCUUUGGAACAGGAGAGGCUGAAAAGGGAGAAGUUGGAGAGGGAAAAAGCCUUAGAAGAAGAGAGAAUAAAGAGGGAGAAAGCUCUUGAGCAAGAGAGACUAGAAAGGGAGAGAGCCUUGGAGCAAGAGAGACUAGAGAGGGAGAGAGCCUUGGAGCAAGAGAGACUAGAGAGGGAGAGAGUCUUGGAGAAAGAGAAACUAGAAAGGGAGAGAGCCUUGGAGCAAGAGAGACUAGAGAAAGAAGAAGCAUUAGAACGGGAGAGAAUUGAGAGAGAGAAAGCCAUAGAGCGAGAGAGACUAGAAAAAGAAAAGGCCUUGGCACAAGAAAGGUUGGAGAAGGAGAGAGCCAUAGAGCAAGAGAGGUUGGAGAAAGAAAAAGCCCGAGAGCAAGAGAGACUGGAGAGGGAGAAAGCAAUAGAGCAAGAGAGGCUGGAGAGGAAAGAAAAAGAAAGAGUUGAAAGAUUAGAGCAAGAGAGGGAAAAGGCCUUGGAACUUGAAAGGGAGAAAAAAGAGAGAGCAGAGAGGGAGGCAGCUCUGAAAAAGGAGAGGGUUGAGAGGGAGGCAGCUCUGGAAAAGGAGAGGGUUGAGAGGGAGGCAGCUCUGGAAAAGGAGAGGGUUGAGAGAGAAAGAGUUGAAAAGGCGGAGAGGGAAAGACUAGAGAGGGAGAAAGCUUUAGAACAAGAGAGACUUGAAAUGGAGAGAGCCUUAGACAAUGAGAGGAAGGAGAAAGAGAGAGCCCUGGAAGAAGAGAGGGAAAGAUUAGUCAAAGAAAAAGCCAUGCAGAAAGAGGAACAGGAGAAGGCCCUUGUAUUGGAGCACAAGCCUGGGUUGGUGGCUAAAAAGGAGAAGGAGAGUUGCCUCCCUCCAGCCAAGCGUGGUUGCGAGAUUGAUCUCGCACCCCUGCCCACUACUUCCCUCCUCUCCACAGGACCAGCUAGAAAAUCUUCGGCUGAGGCAAGAGAGCAGGAAGAUGUCCAUUCUCCAAUGUCCCGGAGUGUAACACAAGCAGCAGAGACUGGUGCACCGACAUCACCAACUCCCCUGUCUCCUCAGUCUUCAUUUAAGAAGUUCCGCUUAAGAGACUCUCCAAUUCAGCCCCAAUCUUCCUCAAUUGUUAUCAAGCGACCUCGUAGCUUCUCUGAUACCCCUCAGCCUCAACCCUCGCCUUUAGUCUCCCCCAUCAGUGUUGGAGAACAACAGCAGAAAGGACACCAGCCCACUGCUAAACAGGAAGGGCCACAGGUGCAGACAAAACUGGAGGCUGCAAUAUCACCAGGAUCACCUGGAAUCCAGUCUGAAGAGAAGACCUCUUCCAAAGAGCAGGCAGAUCCAGUGAAGACUGAGCAUGCUGUAAAGGAUUCCACCAAAAAAAUAAAAGUGAAUGAAAGCAAGAGUAUUUUAACCCCAUUGGAUGUGACACAACGGGAGGGCAGAAGUGUGAAGAAGGAAGAGAAAAUGACAAGACAAAGAUCAUCGUCUAGUGAUUCCUCUUCCUCAGACUCUGACUCUUCAUCAUCUAGGUCUUCAAGGUCAUCUGCCUCUUCUCAAGAAGAAACAUCCUCCAUCUCCAGAGGUAGAGGGGCGGGAAAAUCUGGAAGAGAUUCCUCACCACAGCACAGAAUAACAGAAGAGAUUGGAGUUGAAAAAAUCCCAAAAGCCUCUCCUCGCAAAAGACAGAGGUCUGGAGAUGAUGUUCACUCAACUGCUGGUGAUCAUGUCAAGAAAUCAUUCACUGAAUCUUCAACCCAAGAGGAGACACAAAGGAAAAGAAAAGACAGUGAGAGAGAAGAGGAAAAGGAUAAACAAAGGCAGGUGACAGAGAUUGCCAUGGCAGAGCCAGAGAAGCUUCCAGAGAACUGUGAGGAGACACCGAAGACCUCGGCUCGUAAGAUCUCUCUCAGCAGCAACAAAUUGUCUCCGGGCACCAGUAGUGCAGAGGGCGAUCAGGACUCUGGGGCUCCAGCAAAUCGUAAGAGGAGGUGGGGUUCAAGUACAGCCGUCACUACCAAGAAACCUUCCAUCAGCAUCACCACAGACUCACUCAAGUCUCUGAUCCCUGACAUACGACCAUGUCUCGGCCAAGAGGCAGUCGUGGAUCUACACCCGGAGGAAGCUGUGCUUUCAGGGAUUGAGGAGGAAGAGAGGGAGCAGUCUGACCAGGACCUCCAGAUACGUCGCACUGUCACACAGGUGGUGCACUCCGAGAGCCAGGAGAAUGGACAGAAGGAGACAAAGAGGAGCAGACUCGAGGAGCUGGAGGAGGAAGAUGUACAGGAAGAGGGAGAAAGAACAAGGAUAAAGGAAGAGAAAAUUGACACCUCAUCUCCUGGAGCUGUGGAAACACAAUCCCCAUCACAUACCAGCCAUGAUGUAGAAAUCAACACUGUGACCCCCAGCGACACCCUCGUUCGUCGCUCCAUCAGCCAGCAGAAAACUGGCGUUUCCAUCACAAUCGAUGACCCUGUUCGCACAUCUCGGCAGCCUUCACCUCCUCGUGGCAAAGUCUCCAACAUUGUUCACAUUUGCAAUCUGGUGAGGCCAUUCACUCUGGGGCAGCUGAAAGAGCUGCUAAGACGAACUGGCACUCUGAUGGAGGAAGGCUUCUGGAUUGACAAAAUCAAGUCUCACUGCUACGUCACUUAUUCCAGCUCAGAGGAGGCUGUUGCCACACGGGCAGCUCUACAUGGAGUGAAAUGGCCUCAGAGCAACCCAAAAGUCCUUAGUGUGGACUUCUGCCUGCAAGAUGAGCUGGACUUCCACAAAGGCUUGGGUGCAGCUGACAGACCCGGAGCAGAGGAUCAGGGGCCUGGUUCUGGCCGUGGACGAACUGCAGGUCUGCCCUCUCUCCUCCCUGAGAGAGACCAAUGGGCUGAUCGGGAGCGAGAAAUGGAGCGUCGGGAGAAGGCCAGAGCAGAACGGGAGUGGGAUCGAGACAAGGUCAGGGAGUUUGGGAAACUCGGGGGAGAGAAGGAAGAAGGUCCCCAGAGGUCACGCUCCCGAGAGAAGCGACGUAAGGAAAGAGGAAAGAGUAAGGAGAAGAAGACUGAAAAGAAAGCAGAAAAAACUGCUGAGGAUCCACCGGCAAAGCUGCUUGAUGACCUGUUCCGCAAAACUAAAGCAGCACCUUGCAUAUAUUGGCUUCCACUUACUGACGAGCAGUUUGUUGAGCGAGAAAAUGCCAGAGCAGAGCGGAUGAAAGAGCGCGAAAAACGGAGGAAGGAGCAAGAAGCGGAGGAAGAGAAAAAAAGGGAAGAGGAGCGCAAGGAGAGGAUGAAAACUGGAGGUGGCACGGCAGGAGAUCGGAGUGAGGGUGAGAAAGACAAGGACAGAGACAGAGAAAGGGACAGAGAACGAGGUAGAGACAGGGAAAGGGAGAGAGAAAAUGACAAACCAAGGGGUGGCUACCGCAGGCCUGGGGGCAGCGGGGCAGGCGGUGGCGGUGGCAGGCACUCGCGCAGCCGCAGCGACCCGCGAGACAGGCGGCGCUAAUGGCCAAGCACCUGAUGGAACUGUCCUAUAGACCACCCUCUUCCAUUUGCCUUUCACUACAUGUACUUUGUUACAACUAAGACUCAACAGAGGACCAACUGAUGUCAUCACCAUCACUCAAAUUGUCACCUUUUAUAAAGCACAUCUUCACCUACACACAGUCAUGCUCACGGGGGACCAUGGUUUUCUUUUUUGCAAUGUUGUUUCCCAGAUUGCUGUACAUUGCUCUAAUCAAGGUUUGGUAUAUUUUUCCUUAAAUAUUUGCCCCCGUUUUUUCUUUGGUUUUUGUUUUACAACAUGGCAGAGUGGCACAUAGGGUGAUUUCGAUCAUUUCCCCCAGUGCUCCCCAUGUACCCCGAAGUGUAGGUGCCAAUUAUGAUUUGCAAUCAGUUGUCGUUGCCUCAGUGUUUUUACCAGCUCUGCAAUUUGGAUGUGGAAUCCUUCUGUUGCUGCAUGUAGUCCAAGGCCUUCGCUGUCUGUCCUGCCUAAAGAGAAAAAUCAGCCCUUUAAGCAGGGGCUGUAAAAAUCUGAAAAUAUUGGAAUAGGUGUGUUUGGCAUUUUGUACAGGCAUAUAAGAUUAAUAAAAAAAAAAAAAAAAAAGUCUUUAAAUGAGGCAGCUCUGGGGUAUUUUUGGACAGGUGAGGAAUUACUACUAAGGCAAUGAAAGUGUUUGUCUGCUCAUAUAAAAGAGAUGAUUCUCUGUGAGAGAAUCUGUCUAUCGCACCUGACACAAGUCAUGCUUAUGUCCUUAUCAUUAAUCCUCCCAGUUCUCUUACUCUGUAGCUUUCCGUACAGGCAUAAGAGUGGAGGUUCAUUAUAAGAUUUCUCAAAUAUGGUUUUAAUAGUUUUUUUUGUUGUUUUUUUUUAUCGUUAUUUUAUCAUUUAGUACAAAGGUUUGUUUUCUUUCUCUUUUUUUUAUUAUCUUUUCCUUGAGUACGCCUAUCAGUGGUGAAUGUACAAAUAAUAAAAAUUGAAGUUUGAAAUUA